AGCAAACAAGAAAUAAAGGUGUCUGCUUACUGAGAGAGGAGUUUGAGCAGAAAAAUGGCGUACUUGAGCAUGGGAGAGGCCCACAGGAGAAUCAACGACUACCUCAACCGCUUCUCUGACGCUGUUUCGACCCAGGACGGGGCUUCCCUCAAGCAGCUCCUCUCUCUCUCAUCCAACAACCCCGCUAUCCUCUCUCUUGCCGAUGCCCUCAACGUCUUCCAGGACGCCAAUAGAUUGAUUAAACAGUCCGAUAACGACACUCAAUUUGGUGAAAUUCUGGUUCAUCUGUUCCGUGCUUUUCAGAGUUACCGAGUCGGGAGCUUCAUUGAUUCUUACCAAGCCUUUGAAAAAUCUGCAAAUGCUUUUAUUCAGGAGUUUAGGAACUGGGACACAGCCUGGGCUUUGCAAGCAUUGUAUGUUAUAGCCUAUGAAAUUAGGGUUCUAGCCGAGAGGGCUGAUAAGGAAUUGGCUUCAAAUGGAAAGUCCCCGGAGAAGUUGAAGGGAGCUGGUUCUUUCCUUAUGAAAGUUUUUGGGGUUCUUGCUGGAAAAGGACCAAAACGUGUUGGAGCAUUAUACGUGACUUGCCAGUUGUUUAAAGUUUAUUUUAAGCUUGGUACAGUUCACCUUUGCCGCAGUGUCAUAAGGAGCAUUGAAACUGCAAGAAUAUUUGAUUUUGAGGAAUUCCCUAAGAGAGAUAAGGUCACUUACAUGUAUUAUACAGGCCGCCUUGAAGUUUUCAAUGAAAAUUUCCCUGCUGCCGAUCAUAAAUUGUCGUAUGCCUUGAGGCAUUGCAAUCCACAGAGUGAAGCAAAUAUAAGGAUGAUAUUGAAAUAUUUGAUACCCGUGAAGCUUUCAAUCGGCAUCUUACCAAAUGAUUGGCUUCUGGAAAAGCAUAACCUGGUUGAGUAUAAGAAUGUUGUACAAGCUCUAAAAAGAGGUGAUCUCCGACUUCUUCGGCAUGCUCUUGAAGAACACGAAGAUCGGUUCUUGAGAUCAGGUGUCUAUCUUGUCCUAGAGAAGCUAGAACUCCAAGUCUACCAGAGAUUAAUAAAGAAAAUUUACAUUAUCCAAAAGCAGAAGGACCCGAUCAAAGCUCAUCAGCUGAAAUUAGAAGUAAUUGUCAAAGCAUUGAAAUGGCUUGAGAUAUCCAUGGAUCUCGAUGAGGUGGAGUGCAUAGUGGCCAUAUUAAUAUACAAAAAUCUUGUGAAGGGGUACUUUGCACACAAGAGCAAAGUUGUAGUUUUAAGCAAGCAAGAUCCUUUCCCUAAAUUGAAUGGAAAGCCUGUCAAUUCAUAGAGAAAAUUGACAGAACUAGUUUUGGUGAUGAAAAAUAUGCUAUGUAGAUGUUAUGGGUUGGCCAGUUUCAGUUCCUCGUCAUUGGAAUGAAGAAUUGCUACUUUGUACCUGAAAAAUGUUGUCAAAGAGAAUCAUAUGGAGGGGUUUGGGCCACAUACGAGGCAGCUUAUAACGACAAAAGCUAUACAAGUCUCUUAUUUUUACAGCCCUUGUAAUUUUGAAUUUUGUGAGUCAUGUUUUUCUUUUUAGAAAAUCUUGAGAACUCAACAGCCAUCAUAGAUUCAUGUUCAUGUUCAUUAUUCCCCCCAAAUAUAUAUAAAAUUUUUGUUAGGAAUUAUGUCUA